AUGGAAGAGUUUGUGUGGGCUCGUGAGGGAUCUGGCCCGGAUGAUGGAGCGGACAAUGGAUCGGACAAUGAAGCAAAUAACGAACCUGAGUGGGAGCCUCCAGUUGAACAGCAAUAUGACCACAGUGACAUGGAUGUCAUGGAAGAUUUGGCUGCUGAUGAAGAACAACACCAUGGUAACCAGGAGAUUCAAGAAUGCGCCCAAGGGCAGCAUGGUUGUGUUAUCGCGCCCUAUCCAGACUCGCAUGCCGGGAAACCUAUUUCUAACAAUCAUACUGCCAAUGUGGCGUAUGGUGCGCAUCUUUCCACUGAUGGCGACCAGGAGAAUACAUAUCACCCAUUUGCAUCUAAGAUGGAUUGGGAGGUCACAAGAUGGGCAAAACUUCAUGGACUCAGUUCGACUGCUUUGUCUGACUUACUUGCUAUCGAGGGGGUCAGUGAACGCCUGUCGCUCUCUUUCAAGAAUGCGAACGAGCUGAAUGCCAUUGUCGACCAUGAGCUUCUGACAGGCCAGCCAAAGUUCAAACAAGAGCAAAUCAUUGUUGCAGGAGAAGCCUUCGAUGUCUAUUGCCACGACAUGAUUGAAUGCAUCAAGUCACUGUACAGUGAUCCCGAUUUCGCAAGAUACCUUGUGUUUGUGCCUGAGCAUCAUUAUGCCGAUGAGGAUGAGACUGUUCAUCUGUUUCACAAUAUGCAUACAGGAAAAUGGUGGUGGGAUACACAGAAAAAACUCGAUCAGCACAGCCCAGGCGGCACCAUAAUUCCAAUCAUCAUCUCGUCCGACAAAACUCAAGUAACCUUGUUCCGCAACAAAUCUGCUUACCCUGUCUAUCUCACCAUCGGCAACAUCCCAAAAGAAAUUCGACGCAAGCCAUCAAGCGGUGCCCAUAUACUUCUGGCAUAUUUGCCAUGCACACGCCUCGAUCGUAUUUCUAACAAAGCUUCAUGCCGCCGAAGUUUGGCAAAUUUGUACCAUGCUUGCUUGAGCCAUGUUCUCGCUCCCUAA